CCUUAAAACGGAUUCCUUGUUUUUUAUUCUUCAUGACUGAUGGCAGAAACUAGAAAUAUUCGGCUUGCUCUCCUUUGGCUGCAGUUCCUCGCCAGACCGUCCGGGGGCGGCAGAGCACCCCAAACCAGAGGAAUCCAAGCGUCCGAUGGAGAGAGAAAGAACUGGUAGUCACAAAACAAACCACGCGUGGAGGUCGUCACGGAGCGGUCCAUGAUGUCUGCGCUUUAUCCCACCCUCCUGCUCUGUGCCUACGGCUUCUUCUCCAGCAUGCGGCCGUCGGAACCUUUCCUCACCGCCUACCUGAUGGGAGCGGACAAGAACCUGACGGAGACCCAGGUUGUGAACGAAAUCUAUCCCGUCUGGACGUAUUCGUACCUCGCUCUCCUGUUCCCGGUCUUCCUGGCCACAGACUACCUCUGCUACAAGCCCGUGUUGGUGCUGCAGGCCUGCAGCCUGGUGCUGACCUACGUCAUGCUGUGGAAAGCCCAGGGCAUCCUGGCCAUGCAGCUGCUGGAGCUUUUCUUCGGCCUGGCCACGGCCUCGGAGGUGGCCUACUACUCCUACAUCUACAGCGUGGUGGAGCCGGAGCUCUACCAGAGGGUGACCGGUUACUGUCGCAGCGUCACGCUGUUCGGCUCGGCCGCCGGCUCGCUCGCCGGCCAGCUCUUGCUCUUGUGGACCGAGACGGAGCUGGUGCACCUCGUCAUCUUCACGCUGGCAUCGGCCGCCGUGGCCUCUGUGGCCCCCUGGUUCCUCCCCAUGCCCAAGAGGAGUUUGUUUUUCCACAAGAGUCCUAGUGCGGCAGAGGAGCCCGCGGCUGGCAGCGGCUCCGGCGCAGAGAAGCUGGAGGAUUCAGAAUCCAGGGCGUCCAUGAUCGGCAGGUCGGCUGAGGCAGCCGGGCGCGGCAGAAGGCCCGUUCAGGUGCUACGGAUGCUGUUUGACGACUUUGUGCAGUGCUACAAGUGCCGCACCCUGCUGGCGUGGUCCGUGUGGUGGGCCCUGGCCACGUGCGGCUACUUCCAGAUCAUCAACUACGCUCAGGUGGUGUGGGAGGACAUCCGUCCAUCCAGCCACCAUCACAUCUACAACGGCUACGUCGAGACAUUAUCCACGCUGCUCGGCGCCCUGGCGGCUCUGCUGGUGGGCUACCUGCCGGUGUCCUGGGCUCGCUGGGGAGAACUGCUGCUGUGGAUCCUCUCCCUGCUCAUGGCUGCGUGCGUCUUCGUCAUGGCCUGGGUGGACAACAUCUGGACGUGCUACGGCUCCUACGUGGUCUUCAGGACCGUCUACAUGCUUCUCAUCACCGUGGCCACGUACCAGAUAGCAGCCAGCCUCAGCAUGCAGAGAUACGCUCUGGUGUUCGGCGUCAACACCUUCGGCGCUCUGCUGCUGUGGACCCUGAUCACCGUGGUGGUGGUGGACUCGGCCGGCCUGGGCCUUGACGUCCACACUCAGUUCAUCAUCUACGGAGGCUACUUCACAGCCAUAUCCGUCAUCUUCCUCCUGGCUGGGCUCUACAGAGUGUUCUCCAGGCGCUCCAAUGAGGAAGUCCUGACUGGAGACCUCAGAGAGUCUAGCACUCCUCUGAACGGUGAAGCGACAGCGACUGUGGAGUAACUAGAGCAGAAGUUACGUCACUUUCCAUGUAACAAACCGACUUGGUACUUUUCAUAAUGUCAUCAUAUAAAUACAGUAAACUGGGCCCAACCAGCACUCCAAGCUGCUUAUAGAUAGAUAGAUAGAUAUCUUUAUUUGUCAU